AAGCCAAAAAUAUAAAUUAAAAAAAAAGAAAAAAAAGGAGACCGUCCUCUACAAACUUCUUUAGAUUUAUCCCCCAAACAAAGCAAUUUCAUGAUAAUCGAAAGAUUCUUUGAAAAUUGAUCAAGAAUAUAUCGAAGUAAACGCCGGCCGUCUGAUUAGAUGACAUAUGUCGCCGGCGUUGACCGACACCGAUGAUUUGCAUCUGCAUAAAGGUCAGAUUUUUAACGCUCAAUCUUCUUACAAUUAUCUUUCAAUGGAUCACAAUCUUGAGUUCACUUCACCGGGUCCGAAUCCGUCCUCAAGGCUGCAAAAACCCAGAUUGUAUAAGAAGAAAUACACGGGUGCUGCUCAUAGAAAGGACCAAAUGUUGAACCCUUUUGGGGAAAAUCAAGACACGGGUCAUCAUGUGGAGUCGGUUUCUGGGAAAUUUGGCAAUGUGAGUUUUGCUUCUGGGGUUGAUAGGGGUAGUGGGGUUGUUGGUAAUCAAGGGUUUGUUUUUGGAGCUAGUAGAAGUAGUGCUAAUAAUGGUAGUUUGUUUGGAACAACAAUUCCUGUUGAUGAAUUGAGGAAACUGAAUCUUGAAAGUGAUAAGCAAGGAGGAUCUUUUGUGUUUACGGGUGGCGAUACGAAGCUUGAUGAAAUGGUGAGUAAGGAAGUGGAGGACAAGUUAAAUAUCAAGAGUGAGGAGGGAACUGUUGACUCUGCGCGUAUUGUGGACAGUGUAAAAUCCGAGUGUAACGUUUUUGGCAGCUUUGCUAGUAGUGAAAAUGCUGAUAGUAAAAUUGGUGGGGUUGUAGGAGUUGAGCUCUUGAAUGAGAUGGAUAAAUUGAAUAUCAAAGGAAGAACUGAGAAUGAGAUGAAGGACUAUGGAAAAUCGGAGAUGUUGCUCCAUGAUAAGAUGAAAAACAUGCAAAUAAAUGAGCCUAUGGGUUCGUAUGUUGCUAAUGAGAAUGUAAAAGUUGGUCCAAGUUCAAGUUACCCUAGUGGAAAUGCUGUUAAUAAGAGUGCCAGUGGAGUUUCAAUUCGUUCAGGGUUCACAUUUCAGGCAGGGAUGCAGAAUAAUCAGUAUAAUAAUCAGGUUCAUCUAGACGCUCAUAGUGGUGCAUUUCCCUCCUGUAAUAUCCCUGUUGAAUCUAUGAUGGGUACUUUUGAAGUACCAUCAACUGAUAGGACUGGAAAGAAGGUUGAAUUUAGUUUCACUGCUAAGUCUGUUGGCAUGCUAAUGCAAAAUCUUACACCAACUACUAAAGGAAGCUUAAAUAAGAAAGUUGAAACUAGAAAGGAAGCAACUAGAGAUCCUAGAUACAAGAAAAAGAAGUUGAAACCUAAGCAAACACUCUCAACGCCACUGAACUUUGCGCAAGACUUUGCCUUCAGAGGAAGUUCAGAAGGGAAUGCUGAACCUUCUGAACUGUAUUCACCAAUGGAUAUUUCUCCAUAUCGUGAAACACUAGCAGAUGGUACACUUUCAAGAGGAACUUCUGUGGCUUCUGAUGAGUCGUUCGUUCUGAAUGAGAAUUAUUGUUCAAGCGAUUCACGUCCUGCAGUUUCAAAUGAUGUAACAGAUGAAGAUCUGAUAGAUGCAACAGUAUGCAUGAAUAUCAAUGAAAAUGAUGUGACAUAUAGUGAAGCACAAGAAGUAGAAUUCAGACACUCAAGUCAUCAUGGUGUAGAUACAGGCGGUCCUUCUGAAGAGUCUAUAUCUGGGACUGAAACUGAAAGCUUUAAAUCUGCUGCGGAGCAUUUAGAUUAUAGUACUGAUUCUUUCGGAACUGCAGCAGAUACUGAAGUGACUUCUAGAUCAACAAUUGAGAGACAAGAUACUGACGGGGGAAGUCAGUUUAAUGUUGCUUCAAAUUUAGAAGAGGCUUGCCAGGGUAGCUUCAUAUUUGCUGCAUCCUCUGUUGCUCAUAAUCAGAUAGCAGCGGCAACACACCAACAGAAGAAGAAAAAUCGAAUGAAGAUCAUUAAUGAUUCGUGUAGUUCAACUACAAAAUUGUCUUACUCCUCGUCACCUGGGCAAUUUUUUCAAGUUUCUGGGUCAUCUCCUCUUUCAUCUCCCACUCAGGGUAAGAAAGGAGAUAUACCUGCUAUGAUAAGCCAUAGCCAGGGAAAUAAUGAACAAGCUAGGAUCAAGGAGGUCAACCCUGAAACAGUUGCUGCAAGCAUGGCUGCUCAGGAAGCAUGUGAAAAAUGGCGAUUGAGGGGGAAUCAAGCCUAUGCAAAUGGAAACUUAUCUAAAGCAGAGGAAUGCUACACACAAGGACUGAACUGUGUGACUGAAAGUGACACAUCUAAGAGCUGUCUUCGGGCUUUAAUGUUAUGCUAUAGCAACCGUGCAGCAACACGUAUGUCUCUCGGAAGAAUGAGAGAAGCACUAGAGGAUUGUAUGAAGGCUGUUGCAUUAGAUCCAAACUUUUUCAGGGUCCAAGUUCGAGCUGCAAACUGUUACCUUGCUCUUGGGGAAGUCGAAAAUUCAUCAAAUUUUUUCAUGAAGUGCUUGCAACAUGGUCCAGAAGCGUGUGUGGAUAGAAAAAUAUUGGUGGAAGCCUCGGAGGGCUUGGAAAAAGCACAGAGGGUAUCAGAAUGCAUGAAGCGAUGUGUGGAACUAUUGCAAAGACGAAGGCAAAGUGAUGCAGAGUUGGCCUUGGGUUUGGUCAGUGAGGCUUUGACAAUAAGCACCUAUUCGGCAAAACUACUCGAAUUCAAAGCAGAUGCCCUUCUUAUGCUGCGGAGGUACGAAGAGGUGAUUCUGUUAUGUGAGAAGACACUUGAACUUGCUAAGUCAAAUGCUCCACCAUAUAAUUUCAGUUACCAGUUGUCAGAGUUAGAUAGUACUAUCACAGAGAGAAGUGCUUCCGCUGGGCUCUGGUGUGUUUCUAAAAUAGUCAAGUCAUACUUUUAUCUCGGGAAGCUUGAAGAGGCUGAUAGUUUUCUGAAAAACCAAGAGAAAUCAAUGCGUCUAAUGGAAAGUAGUGGACUCAAGAAUUUAGAAGCUUUUGUUCCUCUAGCUGUAACAAUACGUGAGCUCUUGUGCUUUAAGGCAGCUGGAAAUGCAGCAUUUCAAUCAGGAAAGCAUGCAGAAGCUGUUGAGCACUAUACAGCUGCUGUAUCAUGUAAUUUUGAGUCACGGCCUUUCACAGCAAUUUGUUUCUGCAAUCGUGCUGCUGCAUACCGAGCUAUGGGUCAAAUUUCAGAUGCCAUUGCAGAUUGCAGCCUAGCAAUUGCCCUUGAUGGAAAUUAUGCGAAGAUGCUAGAUGAAUGUGGAUCGACUUUGAAUUUUUUUUACCUAAAGGCACUCUCAAGACGAGCUUCUCUUUUUGAGAUGAUCAGAGAUUAUGAACAAGCAGCUUCAGAUCUUCAGCGAGUUGUAUCCCUUCUGACAAGGAAUAUGGAAAAUAAAGUUGGUGGAUCUGGAUCUGGAUCACAUAACAAUAUGAGUUCUGUAAAUGAGAUUCGGCAAACACAACAAAAGCUUGCAGCCAUGGAGGAAGAAGCCAGAAAGGAAAUCCCCUUGAAUUUUUACCUCAUAUUGGGAAUUGAUUCAUCUGUUGGUGCAUCAGAAAUUAGGAAAGCCUAUAGAAAAGCUGCACUCAAGCAUCACCCUGAUAAGGCUGGGCAAUCACUGGCUAGAAAUGACAAUGCAGAUGAUGGACUGUGGAAAGAAAUAGCAGAAGAAGUCCACAAGGAUGCUGAUAGGCUCUUUAAAAUGAUAGGGGAGGCCUAUGCGAUGCUUUCGGACUUUGCAAAGCGUUCACGUUAUGACCUUGAAGAAGAGAUGAGAAAUAGUCCAAGCAGAGGCAAUGAUAGCAGCCCAUAUAGAACACACGGAUUUUAACAAUUAUCCGUUUGAGAGAAGUGUAAGUAGAGGCCACUGGGAAGAUGUUUGGAGAGCAUAUAAGAGUACCCAGUCAAGAGAAUCAGAUAGAAAUAGAGAAAAUUGGUAGUUCUGAUGAACUUACAGUACUUGAGAUUCAUACAAUUUUAUGCACCUCGUGUUCAGCAUUUUGCUUGCGUGUAUAGUUUGCUGUCACCUCAGUACAUGGGAGAAAUGACUGGCAGAACUUAAAAAGAAAAGGCGUGAAAUUUGUGGAUGAAGUAUUCAACAUGCUGACACCUUGGCUUUCCAUAUUUGGCAGUUCCUGACUAGUCUCGAGAUGGGUGUACGGGUAAAAAUUGUUGCAUAAACGUUGUUUGAGGAUUCCAACAACGGGUUUGGUAGCUGGGAGAGAUGCAGGUUUGGUAGCUUGGAGAGAAAUUAGCAUCAAGCUGAACUCAUGCAUGCAGAUAUGUGUAGGCAACAAACAAGGAAAGCCUGCGUGUUGUAUAGUUAUCAAACAUUGUGAAUUAAUACAGAAGCUGUUCAUGGCCCUGGAAACCCUGCUAGUUUUGGUGCUAGCCGAGACCAAGUCAACAGUUUGAAAAGGAUGCUGUGGAUGACUAAUUUUGAUCUCACUUUCUGCGCUAGUGUAAUAUUGCAUUCAAGUUUUAAGCUAUACUUGUAAUUUUGUUUGUGUACAGAAAUGCCUGCUUGUUUCAAUUGUAUUUGAAACGUCCUAAGUUGAGUGAUUAGAGUGAGGUUAAUGUUCGUUGAUUAUUUUUUUUCCUUUUCAUUUUCCAGAUUGUGAGUGGUUUGUUUUUUGUUGUUGUAAUGCACUAAAGUCGAUUAAUUUUGAUCGAUUUGAAAAUUAUUUGAUUUGUUUUCAGCCAA